AGCAACACGUUUCUGCAAAUUUUCAAUCAAGUUGCGCUGGUUCUCCUCAUCCAAUGGUGUGCUGUGACAAGGUGGUGAUUUUCGCCUUGCUUGCUAAAGCAGUCGCCAUGGUGGAGAUUCAGGAGACCGAACUGAAUGAACUGAACUGGACCGAAAGGAUGAGUUGGAGUGAGUCGACCGUGUGGGUGAAGAGUGCUGGUGGACAAAGCUGCGAGGUGGCCUGCAAGGCCAGAGGUGGCUGCAAAGAAGAUGAUUGGCCGACUACAGAACAAGAAUUUCAGGAGAUGCUGCAAGAGUCAGGAUACAGUUGUGUUGGCAUCCAAGUUGGUGGCGCCAAAUACGAUCCAAGUACUGAUGGCCGCUACUGCGGCUGGAAAGGCGAUGCCGAGUCGUCACGCUGCUCAACAGUCGGUGACUCCGGAACCUACAGGUUUUGCCCUUGCUAUGGAGACAAAGAGUUGUGACAGCUUCAUGACCUGCUUUCGGGCAACGCAAAAAGCGGGUUCCUGGUGAUUCUUGU